UCCACAGAUUGUCAUUCUUCAGGAAUGGCAGCCCCAAACACAACAUGACAACUCAUCUACUCACUCAUGAAAGAUUAAAAAAUGGAAACCAACGUAUUUCAUCUGAUGCUCUGCGUCACUUCUGCUCGGACUCAUAAAUCCACGUCUCUUUGCUUUGGCCACUUCAACUCAUAUCCAAGCCUUUCUUUAAUUCAUGAUUUAUUGCUGAUGAUGUAAGGUCAUAGGAUGAUAUAUAUAUAAUCAGUGAGCAGGCAGAAUGAGAAGGAGAGAGUUGAAAGUUCUCUACAACAGAAGCCAAGAAGGAAGCCGUCUACCUUGUAGCAAUCAUGUAUAAGCUGGCCUCCUGCUGUUUGCUUUUCAUAGGAUUCUUAAAUCCUCUCUUAUCUCUUCCUCUCCUUGACUCCAGGGAAAUAUCCUUUCAACUCUCAGCACCUCAUGAAGAAGCGCGCUUAACUCCGGAGGAGGUAGAAAGACCUUCCCUUCUACAGAUACUGCCAGAGAUGCUGGGUGCAGAAAGAAGGGAUAUUCUCAGGAACGCAGACUCGAGUACCAACAUUUUUAACCCAAGAGGAAAUUCGAGAAAGUUUCAGGAUUUCUCUGGACAAGAUCCCAACAUUUUACUGAGUCAUCUUUUGGCCAGAACCUGGAAACCAUACAAGAAACAGAGAAGAAAGCUGAGGCAAGAUUUAAUUGUGGAAGAAAGAGCCUGGCUUACGAAUUUUUGAAAACUAUGUGUGGGUGUGAAUUUCAUGUAUCAUUCCAAGUUUACGAAGGAAAUCAGGGACUUCUCUAAAGAGCACCAGAGAGUGAGCUGAUUUAUCAAGUAAACAAUCACACUCACUUCUUAAAAGACACAACUAUAAAUGCCAUAGAAAGCAGUGACUGAUGGAGCCUGCAGGGCCCCGUGGGCGAGGACAACUGGGCUCGCCUGGACGUUUUCUCUUUUGCAGUCCCCAAGACACUGACCCCUGUUCAAGGGCAAACAAAAGGCAGUGCCAAUCAGACCUGUGGUAGGGCUGGAGUGACCUUUUUUGUAUAAAUUGAUUGGAAAGAGUUAACUGUUAGUUUUGGUAAGAAUGAAAAUUUAAACACAGAAUGAUACUAGCUUUUUUACAUUACUUGUAAAACUUUUUACAUUCAUUAUUUUAAAAACAUUCCAAAGGGCAACAGCACUGGGUAAGAAGCUCUUUCAUUUCAAUAUUACACAUGCAAAUGCUAAUUGAAACUCUCACAAGAAUAGGCCCAUGGUAAGCUGAUCGAUUUUUAAGAUAAGACUUUCAGAAUUUCACUGGAAGGUGGGAAAUCAAUAGGAAAGGGAUCUACAAGGAUGAAGGUCAAAACUCAACCCCCAAAAUCUGGUUAUCCCAGAUAUGCUAAUGGACAAUAUGUGCUAAUGUGUUGUGAGAAAACCGGAAUGUUUUAUCUUAAUUAUGGAUGGGAACUCCAGGUUGAAUGAAGCCUAUAUGAACGUACUACAUUCAUGGAAACCAUUAUGAAAAGUAUAUGAAAAGUAUACAACCUGUAGGUGGGAUUUCUUCAAGCACUCUAAGAGGAAAAUGACUUAUGAACAGAACAAAAUAAAUGAGGCUAAGGUUUGGGGCUCAUUCUAGCUAUACUUCUAAUUAUAAUUUACUCUGGGUGACAUUUGAAAUAAAGAUACACAUACCUCUUUAGAGGCCAUCCAAUCUCUUUAGAAGACAAUUCAACUACAAAAAGAGCCUAACUGGCCAUUUUAACAUAUCAGGGACAAAGAGAAGAUUUUGUAUACAAUGUCUGCUUCAAAAAGAUUAUGUGUAUU